AUGACUCGAUUUGUUUAUUUACCUGUUUGUUUUUCCAUUAGUUUUUUUCUUAUUACACUCUAUAUUAAUUCACUUGUUCAAGUAUGGGCUGAUAGAAAUUCUCCAUAUUGGAUACCAGCAUUACCAGAUAUUGGUCAUAAUUUAUUACCUUAUUUGACAUAUUUUUCUAUAAAUAAUUAUUAUCUUUUAACUUCAUUUAUCUUAGUUAUUGUUCGUUAUAUAUUUCAAUGUGAUAUACGUUUAAUUGUAUUUCGUCGAUGGUUUUUUAUUCAAGCUAUUCUUUUUGUUAUGCGAAGUAUAUCAAUUUAUGUUACAUCAUUAAGUGUACCAUUACCUGGUUGUAAUACAACAGCUGUUGGUUCACCUCCAGUCGAAGCAUUUUAUAUCAUGUUUUUUAUACAUACAACAUGUGGUGAUGUUCUUUUUUCUGGUCAUACAGUUACUUUAACAUUAUGUGCUCUUGCUUGGACAACAUAUUCAAAAGGUGAAGAACAUUAUCCAAUACGUUGGUUAUGGUAUCGAUUGAAAGGUAUAAAUCAAGAAAUUGUUCCUGGUAGACCUGGUUGGCUUUAUCCAAAAUUAGAUUCAACUGGUGAUCCAUUAUCAGUUUAUAUAACAACAAUACUUGUUUGGAUAUUUACAAUAAUUGGUUAUUUAUUUAUUAUUGCAACUCGAUUUCAUUAUACAGUUGAUGUUUUUCUUGGUUUUCUUCUUUCAAAAUUAGUAUGGCAUACAUAUCAUUAUUAUAUAAAAACUUUAGCUGAACGUAGAAGUAUAAUAAUAGCAAGAUUUUUUCUUUGGUUUGAAGGUUAUGGAAAACCACCAGUUGAUACAUCUGUAAGUUUAUUAACAGGACCAUCAUAUGGACUUCAAGAACAAGCUGAACAUAUGGAAGAAUCUGGUAAUGUAAUACGUCCAGGUGAUGCAAGUAAUGCUUAA